AUGGGCAUCGGGGCCGUGCAGCAACCCCAGCUGCCUUUGACACACACCGCCGCCGCCAUCCUGGGUGAGAACCUGACGCUGGGCAUGUUAUCCGACUCUCCGAUUCCUGGUGAAAAGCCUAACUACCCCUACCCGACUCUAAUCAGGGCGGCCAUCCUCGGGAGUCCGCGCAGGGCUCUGACGCUGCAAGGGAUAUACAGGGCUCUCGAAGACAGAUUCGAAUGGUUUAGGGACCAUCGAAAUGACAGGGCAUGGCAGAAUUCAAUCCGCCAUAACCUGUCUCUGAACAAGAUAUUCCGCAGGCUGGCGAAGCCUAUCACCGAACCCGGAAAGGGCAGCUACUGGACCGUGGAC